AGUGGCCAGCUCUAAAGGAUGCCAUUAAGGGCGCAGAUGUUGUGUUGACAUUGUUGACUGGUGCAUUUUCUUGCAAACUGGAGAGAACUUUAUUGGGUUUGGUUGUAAUUGAUGAAGCUGCUUAGACACUUAAAAUAGCAUGCUGGAUAGCUCUACUAAAGGUAAUGAUGUGCUAAAAAUACAUGUAAAGCUCUUCCCCUGAUAAAGUGAUGUUAGUUGCACCUGCCAUGCUUAUUCAUGUUUUGAAGGUCAAGAUGUAUCCUUGCAGGAGACCAUCUUCAGCUUCCCUGAGAGGAAAGGGUUGGGAAGAACCUGUAUGGAGAUGAAAUCAGCUCACAUAUUGUAGGAUGGAGGAUGCUCUGUACAAUCAAGGGUGUGCUGCCGAUCUAGUUGCUAUUAUGUUUGGAGAAAGACCGUCCAUGUUCACCGGCUUCUUUAACUCCUUUCUUGAUUCCUCUUAGGUGUGUAAUUAUUUAGCAUGGCUUUGGUGUAAAUAACUACCUACACUAUUUGUCUUUGUUGAGAAAUGGAUGGGAAUCUAGUUAUGUUGCUUGGUGAAGUGCUAAAACUAACUAUUGAGGUCUUCUAAUUGUGCCUAUGGUAGCACGAAUGAACAUUUCUUUUCUUUUCUGACAGUUUGGUGUACUCAAGUAUUAGAAUAAAUUCACAUCCUACCU